AUGNAUGGUGACGAUGUAGAUCCAGGUGCCGAUGAAGGUGUAGAAGAAUGUGAAAAAUCUCUCCAUGACACUACAGAUGAGAAGCCAAAAGAUGUUGAUGACAUGGAUUUCGAUUACAAUGAGUACGGGANAGCUUUACAAUAUACCUUGGAAUAUGUGAGAGGAAACACCGAAUCUGGAUAUGCGAAGUUGCCUUAUUGGCUUAGAAAAAUAGAGCUGUCAAACCCGGGAAGUGUCGUUGACCUUGUUGUUGAUGACGAGCAUAGGUUUAAAUACCUUAUCCUAUCUUUCGAUACUUCAAUCCGUGGUUUCAGUUACAUAUUUCCGUUGGCUUUUGGAAUUGUCGACUCGGGGUGUGAUGCUUCAUGGGAUUGGUUUUUCACCAAAUUAAGUGAGUGUAUCUCGAAUGAAUAUCCACUGGUAGUAGUUUCGGAUAGGUGCAGUUCAAUAGCUAAAGCAUGUUGCAAUGUUAUGCCAUGGGCAACACGAGGGAUAUGUUACUACCAUCUCCAACAAAACAUAAUUUCUAAUUUCCGUGGGAAGCAACUGAUGUACUUGAUGAAAGGGGCAGCAUAUGCGCAUACGUAUGAUGAUUACAACCGCUACAUGGCUUCCCUUACUAACGUAAAUCCGGCCCUUGCAGCGUACUUGAAAGAGGCAGAUCCAGCUUUAUGGUCUUGGCUUUACUGUCCAGAAGAUAAAUACAACAUCAAGACUAGCAACAUUGCGGAAUCUAUCAACUCCAUGCUAAAGAAAGCCAAAGAUUAUCCCAUCACAUAUUUCAUUGAGUUUAUUACAAAAAAGUUAGGUAGGUGGUAUUGGAAAAGACGAGAGGAUGCACUUAGUCUCACAACCACUUUUAGCCGGGGUGUUGAGUUCUUAUUGGCCAUAAGGGACCAUUACGCAGAUAUGAUGACGGUAGAACACAUUGAUGGCUGGAGUUUCUACGUUAGGGGUGGGAAACAUGAUUGUUUGGUUGACUUGGAAGCAAAAUCUUGUUCAUGCGGGGUGUUUGAUGUUGAGAAAAUGCCAUGUUCACAUGCAAUUAAGGCUGUCAAGUCAAGCAGAUGGCAUAUGUCUACCGUAGUCGAAGCUUACUAUAGAAAAGAUUAUAUCUAUGCGUCGUACGCGGCUACCAUCAUGCCCAAUGUCGAGCACGAUCCAAUUGGGCCAGAUAUCUGA